AUGCCAAGGGGUCUGUCAUCACCGACCAAGAAGGUGAUUUCCAACUCGGCUGCCUCUCCAUCUGGCAGCAAGCUCGAGAAAAUCAAAGCAUUAUCACCGGAGGCGUCACCAGAAACCUCGGUAGCCAGCGGGAGCGAGGAUGACAGCGAGGAUGUCAGCGAGGAUGAAGUGAAUAGCAGAGACGGGGAAGACGAAAGCAAGUCGGAGGGCGCAAGCAGUGGAAGGAGCGACGAGGAGGCCGUCGGUGACGACUCUACUACCAUCAAAGAUGCACCGGCAGCAGCAGACGAGGAGCAGGACGAGAAGAAGGGGGCCACCAUCGCCGAGGACGGCAAAAAGGUCACGUUCGAAGACCUCGGUGUAAUUCCGCAGAUCGUAGAGGCGUGUACCAACAUGGGCUUCAAGCACCCCACUCCAAUCCAGGUCAAAUCCAUCCCCGAAGCGCUGCAAGCUCGCGAUGUCAUUGGUCUCGCCCAGACCGGUUCAGGAAAGACGGCAGCGUUCACGAUUCCCAUUCUCCAAGCAUUGUGGGACAACCCGAAGCCCUUCUUUGCGUGUGUGCUCGCUCCCACACGUGAACUUGCAUACCAGAUUGCACAGCAGGUCGAAGCGCUCGGUUCGACCAUCGGUGUGCGCGCCGCCACCAUCGUUGGUGGCAUGGACAUGAUGUCGCAGUCCAUCGCGCUGUCAAAGCGUCCCCACGUCAUCGUAGCCACCCCCGGUCGUCUGCAGGAUCACUUGGAGAACACCAAAGGCUUCAGCCUGCGCGGGUUGCAGUAUCUGGUCAUGGAUGAAGCCGAUCGUUUGCUGGAUAUGGAUUUCGGCCCGAUCAUUGACAAGCUGUUGCAGUCGAUUCCGAGGGAGAGGAGGACCAUGUUGUUCAGUGCCACCAUGACCACCAAGGUGGCCAAGCUGCAGCGUGCAUCGCUCAAGAACCCCGUGCGCGUCGAGGUCGACACUAAGUACACCACUGUCUCGACGCUCAAGCAGCAUUACCUCUUCAUGCCUUUCGCACAAAAGGACACAUACCUGGUGCACCUCGCCAACGAACAGGCAGGCCACUCGAUCAUCGUUUUCACGCGUACCGUGCACGAUUCGCAGCGGCUCUCGAUUCUGUUGCGUCUUCUCGGCUUCCCAGCAAUCCCGCUUCACGGCCAGUUGAGCCAGCAGGCGCGUCUGGGCGCGCUCAACAAGUUCAAGACGGGUGGUCGCUCGAUCUUGGUAGCGACCGACGUGGCUUCGCGUGGUCUCGACAUUCCCGCCGUCGACCUGGUCGUCAACUACGACAUCCCCACUAACUCGAAGGACUACAUUCACCGUGUUGGUCGUACCGCCCGUGCAGGUCGUUCCGGUCGCUCCGUCACUUUGGUCACGCAGUACGACGUCGAACUGCUACAACGCAUCGAAGCAGUGAUCGGGCUCAAGAUGACCGAGUUCCCCGGUGGAAACGACAAGGAGGCCGUGAUGCUCUUGAGCGAGCGUGUGGCCGAAGCGCACCGUGCCGCCGUGAGGGAGCUGAAGGACAACGGCGUGGGAAAUGCAGGUGGGUCGGGUAAAAGAAAGCGAAAGAUGGAUGGGAGACAUGGUGACGAUAUGGACCGCGAUGACGAUCAGGUUCAGGCUGGUCUGCCUGUUUCGGGCAACGGACGACAUCAGAAUCAGAACAGAAAGAAAGGUCGUCGCUGA